UAUUUGAAUUAUAGAAAAUAUUACCAAAUUUUGGAAAUAAUAACAUAUAUUGGAUUAAUCGUUCGGACGCUGUGGUCGGAGCUCGAGAGAUCUUCCUCUGCUUACUCGGUGGAGAAAGACUCUCUCGGUGGUCGUGAAUCUUGGCGUUCGUCUUCAAUCCCGCAUUUUUCUAUCUCGUCUCUUCCAUUUUCUCGUUAUCUAAACAUGGGUUUAACGACGAAUCUCCAUCGCCUCGACCUCCGUUCGACCUUCUUCACUGGUCUCCGUCCAUGCCCGUCGCCGAUACACUCGAAUUCCAUGAAAAUCUCUUCGGUUUCUAACCCUAGACGCGGAAUCUCUUGCAUCAGAGCCCAAGUGUCCACCAUCAGCGUUGAGUCGUCGGUGAAACAAGAGGAAUACGACGUCGAAUCGCUCUUCUCGACCGGAACCACCGAUGAUUUCGAUCGGAAUCGCAACAACAGGCAAUCCAACAGUGGGGCGUCUGGGGUUUCGUCGGGUGUGAAGCUGGAGAACAUAAGCAAGAGCUAUAAAGGCGUGACGGUGCUCAAGGACGUGAGCUGGGAGGUGAAGAAAGGGGAGAAGGUCGGACUGGUCGGCGUGAAUGGCGCCGGCAAGACGACCCAACUGAGAAUUAUCACAGGUCAGGAAGAACCCGACUCGGGAAACGUGAUAAAGGCGAAGCCCAACAUUAAAAUCGCCUUCUUGAGUCAGGAAUUCGAGGUUUCCAUGAGCAAGACGGUGAAGGAAGAGUUCAUGAGCGCGUUCAAGGAGCAGAUGGAGAUUGCUGAGAAGUUGGAGAAAGUGCAAAAGGCGAUAGAAAAAUCCGUGGAUGAUUUGGAGCUGAUGGGAAGAUUGCUGGAUGAAUUUGAUUUGUUGCAGAGGCGAGCACAGGCCGUUGAUUUGGACGCCGUCGAUGCGAAGAUCAGUAAGCUGAUGCCGGAGUUAGGGUUUGCGCCAGAGGACGCAGAUAGGCUCGUGGCAUCGUUUAGUGGUGGAUGGCAGAUGAGGAUGUCACUUGGGAAGAUCUUACUUCAGGAACCGGAUUUACUGUUGCUGGAUGAGCCCACGAACCAUCUCGAUCUUGGUACUAUAGAAUGGCUGGAAGAUUAUUUGAACAAGCAAGACGUUCCUUUGGUGAUAAUAUCCCACGACAGAGCUUUCCUUGAUCAGCUCUGUACUAAAAUCGUUGAAACUGAGAUGGGUGUGUCAAGGACAUUCGAGGGCAAUUAUUCUCAAUACGUAAUAUCAAAGGCCGAGUGGGUUGAAGCUCAGAAUACUGCAUGGGAGAAGCAGCAGAAAGAGAUUGAAGCAACAAAGGACUUGAUCAGCAGGCUGGGUGCCGGGGCAAAUUCUGGCCGUGCUUCUACUGCAGAAAAGAAACUGGAGAGGCUGCAAGAGGAGGAACAAAUAGAGAAGCCGUUUCAGAGGAAACAGAUGAAAAUCAGGUUUCCAGAGCGUGGAAGAAGUGGAAGAAUGGUAGUAAAUAUGAAGAAUCUCGAGUUUGGUUUCGAGGAUAAGAUGCUAUUUAAGAAGGCAAAUCUUUCAAUAGAAAGAGGAGAGAAAAUUGCAAUUCUUGGCCCGAAUGGCUGUGGCAAGAGUACAUUACUGAAACUGAUUAUGGGUUCGGAGAAGCCUGUGGGAGGUGAAGUUAUUCUUGGGGAGCACAAUGUAUUGCCAAACUACUUCGAGCAGAAUCAGGCAGAGGCCCUUGAGCUGGAUAAAACAGUGCUUGAAACAGUUGUAGAAGCUGCAGAAGACUGGAGAAUUGACGAUAUAAAGGGGCUUCUUGGGCGUUGCAAUUUCAAAGCUGACAUGCUCGAUAGAAAGGUCUCUCUUCUUAGCGGUGGCGAGAAGGCUCGGCUUGCUUUCUGCAAAUUCAUGGUGAAACCAUCCACUCUACUCGUUUUGGAUGAACCCACCAAUCACUUAGACAUUCCCUCGAAAGAAAUGCUCGAGGAGGCGAUAAACGAGUACGAGGGCACGGUCAUCGCAGUCUCCCAUGACAGAUACUUCAUUAAACAAAUCGUUAACAGAGUCAUAGAAGUCAGAGAUGGAGGGUUACAAGACUAUGCAGGCGACUACAACUAUUAUCUGGAGAAGAACAUGGAAGCAAGAGCAAUGGAGCUGGAGAGGGAGGCGGAGUUAGAGGAGAAGGCUCCAAAAGUGAAAGCAAAGUCGAAAAUGUCAAAGGCCGAGAAAGAAGCGAGGAAGAAGCAGAAGAUGCAGGCUUUUCAGGCUGCUAAGCAGAAAUCUAAGUCCCUUAAGAACUCCAAGAGAUGGAAGUGAACUACUUCUUCCUUUCACCAGAAGAGAGAGGAGAGCAGAAUGCUUUGUAGUGAAGAGAAGUAAAUGGUCUAUUUGUAUAUAGUCCUUUCCCAUAGCAAAAAUGCAGGUUGUGUCCAUUGCUAUUGGUAGAAAUGAGAUACUGCAUUCCAUAUUUGGACACAUUAUCAAAACACCAAAUUCCACUGUAAAUGGCUUCUUUGAGCAAAGCCCUUCUUCA